UCUCUUUUCUUUCUUUUUCCCCGUGUCCUCCAGCGAUUAGUAUACGGUGGGAAAGAUGCGAGGCUCGCAUCCCUGUAGAGUCCCUGACCUUUUCCUUCUCAUAUCUUCGUCGCCAUUGUUGUGUGGCUCUGCACUCCAUCCCUAGGAAGCACCAAGAGAGAGGGAGAGAAUAUGGGAGGAGACAGGAAGAUCGGGGUGGCGCUGGACUUCUCCAAGAGCAGCAAGAAAGCGCUGGAAUGGGCCAUCAACAACCUGCUCCACAAGGGCGACAUGCUCGUCGUCCUCCACGUCAUGCCCCCCAAGAAGGGCGAGUCCAAGCACGGCCUCUGGGUCAAAUCCGGUUCCCCUCUGAUUCCUCUGGCGGAGUUUAGGGAGCCGGAGGUGACGACGCACUACGAUCUGGAAGUCGACAUCGAGGCCCUCGACAUGCUCGACACUGCUUCCAGACAGAAGGAGGCAACGAUCGUGGCGAAGUUGUACUGGGGAGAUGCGAGGGAGAAGCUGUGCGAAGCCGUAGAAGAUCUGAAGCUGGACUCGCUGGUGAUGGGCAGCAGAGGUCUUAGCCAGAUCCAGAGGAUUCUGUUGGGCAGUGUGACAAACUAUAUAUUAUCAAAUGCAGCAUGCCCUGUGACCAUUGUCAAGGAUUCAAACUCCAAACCUUGAUAUAUGUUCUGCAUGGAAAAACUCAAGCACCAGAAAUUCAAGGAGUGAAAGUUCUUCUAUUGCUAAGAGACAGGAAUUUAGUAAUGCUUAUAGACUUGGAAUAAUGUGGAAUGUAAAAUGAACUUGCAGAACUUGAAGCAUAGAUUGCCUUUAAUUCACGUUGGCCUUUCAGCUUUGUGUAAGAAUUGUGGUAAUAAAUCGUGAGUGAUGUUUAGUUCAUUGUCA